UUUCAGAAUUUGUCACUCGAACAAGUUGGAUUCAGACAGAUCCCAGCAACUUCUCCCUUCUCCCCCUCUCAGGUCAAAAAAUAGUUACCGUGUUCUUGGAGCUACAUUAAAAAAGAACAACCAUGUCUUGGAAGCUGCAAUGCACAGCCCUAACACUGGUCCAAGGUAUAUUGCAACUAGUCGGUUCAUUCAAUGUUGAUGUUAAAAAACCCAUGAUAUUUACUGGCUCACAAGAAGAUAUGUUUGGAUAUACUGUUAAGCAAUUUGAAAAUGAAGAAGGGAAAUGGCUUCUUAUUGGCUCUCCCUGGGACGGACAACUCAAAAACAGAACUGGUGAUGUCUAUAAAUGUCCAGCAUUCAAGACCAGUAACCCAGAAUGUGUGAAGCUGAACUUAGCUGAGUUUUUAACAGUUCCCAAUAUCACUGAAAUAAAAGAAAAUAUGACCCUCGGAAUGUCAUUGGCAUCCAAUCCUAAAGCAGGCUUUCUGACAUGCGGGCCACUUUAUUCUUACAAGUGUGGAGGCCUAUAUUAUGCAGCUGGUGCCUGUUUGAAUGUAAGCUCCACUUUCCAAGUUGUAAACACCAUAGCGCCUACAGUGAAAGCUUGCAAGUCACGACUUGAUAUUGUGAUCGUCCUUGAUGGUUCCAACAGCAUUUACCCUUGGAGCAGUGUUAACAGUUUCCUUAUAAAACUACUGGAAAAAAUUGAAAUUGGACCUCAGCAAACUCAGGUUGGAAUUAUGCAAUAUGGUCAUAAAGUCACACAUGAAGUCAGUCUCAAUCAGUACAACACAACAGAAGAUCUUGUGGAAGCUGCUAAAAAGAUAAAGCAGGGUGGUGGAAACGAGACAAAGACAGCCCUUGGAAUUGACUAUGCCAGGAAAAGUGAAUUUACAGCAGCCAGAGGGAUGCGAAUAGGAGUUUCGAAGGUGAUGGUAGUGGUAACUGACGGCGAAUCACAUGACAGUUACAAUCUGCCAGAUGUAAUCGAAGCAUGUGAUAAGGAAAAAAUUAGGAGGUUUGCUAUUGCAGUGCUUGGCAGUUACAACAGAGGAAAUCAGAGCGCUGACAAAUUUCUAAAAGAAAUAGAGUCUAUUGCAAGCUUACCCAAAGAUAAACACUUUUUCAAUGUAUCAGAUGAAAAAGCGCUGGUGACAAUAGCAGGAGCCCUUGGAGAGCAAAUCUUUGCUUUGGAAGCAACUGGUGAUCAACAAGCUGCCUCUUUUGAGAUGGAAAUGUCACAAGUCGGGUUCAGUACACAUUAUACAGAGGACAACAUCAUGCUAGGAGCAGUUGGAGCCUAUGAUUGGAAUGGAACCGUCCUUUUGCUAAAUAACAAUGUUGCAGUCAUUCCAGACAAUAAGACAUUUUUAGACAAAUCGAAAGAAAGUAAUGAACCUCUCGCUGGAUAUUUAGGCUACUCCCUGAGCUCUGUCUCAGUUGUUGGAGAUGUGUGGUACGUUGCUGGGCAACCUCGAUACAAUCACACUGGACAAGUUAUUAUUUAUACUUCAAAGGGACAGAAAACGAAUAUUUUGCAGACUCUGAAAGGAGAACAGAUUGGUUCAUACUUUGGCAGCACCGUGUGUGCUGUUGAUAUCGAUAAAGAUUCAUUAACUGAUGUUCUUCUGGUUGGAGCUCCUAUGUACAUGGGAAUUGAGAAAGAAGAACAAGGAAGAGUUUACGUAUACAAUUUAAAAGAGAAUAAGUUUCAAUAUCACAUGAUCCUUGAGCCACAGAAGCAGCAGUGUGGUUGCCAUUCUGAUUCAGGCCUUCAUAUGAGCAAAUUCAAUGAGGUUACAGCUGAAGACCAGGAAUGCACACACUUCAUGAAAGAACCGUGUGGUUCCCGCUUUGGAACAGCCAUAACUGCAGUUUCAGAUCUCAACCUGGAUAACUACAAUGAUGUUGUAAUUGGAGCACCUUUAGAAGACAACCACCAGGGUGCAGUCUACCUCUUCCAUGGAUCUGGCACAACCAUUAACGAAGCAUAUUCACAGCGCAUCUCGGCAUCUGCACCAGAUAUUGAUUUCAGUUAUUUUGGCCAGUCGAUCGAUGGUCAAAUGGAUUUGAAUGAUGAUGGACUGAUAGAUAUUACAGUUGGAGCACUAGGUGGUGCUGCCCUCUUCUGGUCCCGCGAUAUAGCUCAAGUGACGAUUAGCAAACUGAAAUUUCAACCCGACAAGAUCAAUAUCCAGAAUAAGAACUGUGUAAUUGAUGAGAAGCCAACAGUGUGUAUUACAGCAGAGAUUUGUUUCAAUGUUAAGCUGAAGUCUGCUAAAGAACCAUCACAACCAGUUGUUCUUGAAUACAACAUAACAAUAGACUCUGCACGGCGUAUUUCCAGAGGGCUCUUUAAUGGAACAUAUGAGAGAAAUAUCCAAGGAAAGAUCAUCGUGGCCUCCUCUAGCUGCACCAAACACAUCUUCUUCAUAUUGGAUGCUCCAGAUUUUUUAAACCCUGUGGAGAUUCUGGUGGAGUUUGCACUGUCAAAUCCAGAGGAGGGACCAGUUCUAGAUGUCAAUUUACCAAAAGAAAAGAGAGUUUUGGUAUCUUUCACAAAGGAUUGUGGAGAAGAUGAGAAGUGCAUCAAUGACCUGAUGCUUAGUGCCCAGGCAGACUUGAAGGGUCACAGCAUGGAUCCACACAUCGUCCAAUCUGAUCAGAAAAAAUUCAGCCUGGCGAUUAAACUAAGAAAUGAAAAGGAAAAUGCCUACAAUUCAAGGAUAGCUGUGACCUUUUCUAAAAAUAUCUAUUUUACCGGAGUUGAGGCAUCAGACCACCUUGGAUUAAAAUUGUUUCAAAAUGCUGAUUGCAUGGCCUCAGGAUCAAACAAUGUGAUGUGUAAAGUAGGAUACCCCUUUCUUACACCUGGAGCAGAGGUUUCUUUUAAGAUGAAGUUUGAAUUCAAUACCUCUCAUCUCCUUGGUGAUGUUUACUUACACUUGAAGGCAACAAGUGACAGCAGUGAACAAAAUGAAACUUUAAGUGACAAUGAAGUCACCAUCUCAAUUCCGGUGUUGUAUGAAGCUGGGCUGCUCUUUUCAAGGACUAUAAAGGUUGACCAUUUUAAAAUAGCAGCCAAUGAUACAGUUCCUGAUGUUAUUAAAAGCUUGGAGGAAAUUGGUGAUGCAGCAGACAUCACUUAUAUGAUCCGCAAUGAUGGAGCUUUUCCAAUUUCACAUCUUAGAAUGACUAUUACAUUUCCAUACAUAUCUCCUGCAAACAAUACCCUGCUAUAUUUGACUGGAAUGACGUUUUCUUCUAAUAAUACAGUCAACUGCCAUGACUCACAAUUCAUGGAUCCCCUGAAGAUACGAACUAAAGGCCCUCACAAACCAUCCCCAGAGGAGGAGCAUCUUAUAAACACUAUUGGGAUAUGUGAAAAUAAUGCAGGAUGUGCCUCCUUCUUCUGCACUAUAGAUCCAUCGAGUCUGGUCCAAUUUAAUAUGUCAUUAAGAAUAUGGAAACCUUCUUUUGUUAAAGCAUAUUUUAAUUCAAUAGGCUUAAUCAUAACUGCUACACUCACAAUUGAAGAAUCACCGCUAGUCAUACUGAACAAAGCAAUGGAAAGAACGACAGUGACUUUAACUGUGUCAAAAGAGUCCCAUGGAGGUGUUCCAAUCUGGGUGAUUAUACUGAGUGUUCUCGCUGGCUUGCUGCUUCUAGCACUUGUAAUAUUUGCACUGUGGAAGGCUGGAUUUUUCAGAAGGCCUUUAAAAGAAAAGAUGUGAAAGUUCACAAAAUGAUAUUAAAAGCACAGUAUAAGACCAAGGUUUUGUAAGUCGCGACAUUGCAACUGCAUCGCAGGAGAAAUAAUAAAAGUUGUAAAAUUAUGUUCAUGAUGAAAGUAUUUUACAGUUGCAUGAGGAAAUUAUGCUAUCCAAAAUCUCUUCAUUUGUUAAUACUGUGUAUAUAUUUAACAUUUUUUAUAAAUUACUAAAAACAUUUUUAUACUUUUUAAUCUAUUUGUUUAAAAUUCUUAUAUAUCCCUAUGCACCAUUCAAACUGAUUAUUUUAAGUACUGCACAGCUUUACCUAUCCUCCUUGAACUAGUUACACUAAUUGUAACAGAUAAUGAUCAUGCCCAUUUUGCUGAUCUUUAUAAAGAUAAUGUGUACUAUUUCCAGUGAAUGUAGAUUUUUCUUGAUAUUGUCAGAUUUAAAGGUCCUGCUCAGUUGCCAGAUUGUGACUAUAUACAUUGAUACUUGCUUUUAAAUUUGUAGAUUUAAAACCAUUGUCAUAAAAUUUGCAAUAUUUACAGGCAAUCAUAAGCAUAUAUUUCUUUUGAAUAGCGUUUUUUUAACGGCAACUGAAUAUGACCUGACAGAUGGUAGGAGAUGUACAUAUUUCAAAUUUGCCAACUAGAUUACUUCUAGUGCAAAUAGGUAAUCAGACAUGUGAUUAAAAUAAUGAUUGUAUAUAAUAA